AUGCCCAUGAUCUCCCCUCUCUUCUUCCCACUCGGCCAGGCAGGGAAGCCGUUUAAUGAUCCGCCGCCGGCCGUGCUCGCGCGGGGGGAGGGAGGCCGCCGCCGGCCGUGCUCGCGCGGGGUAGGGAGGCCGCCGCCGGCCGUGCUCGCGCGGGAGGAGAGAGGCCGCCUCCAUCUGGCCGCCGCUGGCCGUGCUUGCGGGGGAGGAAGGAGGUUGUCUCCAUUUGGCCGCCGUCGGGCGCGUCCACGCGGAGGAGCUAUCACCAUCGCCUCUCGUUUCCCCACGCCGCACAAGGCCGCAGUGAAUUGCAGCGCCUCAAGAACAGCUGAGCAGCCGGUUUUCAAGAUUACUGUGCCAGCGUACCGUUCAUGAUAGGAGUGAGAGCACGAGUAGCAGCAUCAGAUUCCGCGUGCUCUGUGUAGGAGCAUUGUCGGAGUUCAAUUCGUAGCAAGAACAACACUUGUGCCGAGCUGUUUCGAGCCACGGCACCAGCAGUCAUCUGGCAUGUGCUCACAAGGAAGGAAACGUCCGUGUUGAGUUUAACAUGGCCAUUAGCUGGCCUUUUUCUUCAUUGCAGAGCGUAGUCCUUUCCUGAUCGAGUUCAAGUACUACAUUUGGCCCAUUUGCUGUUUUCCUUUGUCACCGGUGGCACCAGACGCUUUAUCUCUGGUAUGUGUCCAGUAGCUCAAUAAAAAUUCUAGAUGCACCGGUCGUUUCCUUCA